AUGGAUGCCAUAAGAAAGGAAGAUGUUAGUUCACAGACGGUAGACAUAAAGUUGGGUGACGAAGUGCAAGGCAGAUCCGUGUCUGUCUACAGACCUAUAGAUAAACCAAGUCAGUCCUAUCCGCAGAGUAAGCUGCGCGUGGGCAGUCUUCUACGCACCUGGGCGGAUGUAUCCCGGAUCAACUAUAUGUCUGCUGAACCAUUGGACGUGAUAAUAUCUGGACAAAGCAUCAGACGGAAGAGCAUCGGCCUAUUUUCGAAGAAAUACUCCAUUCAGUGUUUUGUACCUACGGAAUUACGCAAGCUAAGUGCCGAAGAUUUAUUUUCAGAACAAUUUCCAGUAAACGUUACGCCACUCCUGAACGAGGAACAACUAUGGCGUUGUUUCUACGUUUUCCCCGAACUAUACGCAGACGUGUACUCUCCAGUAGUACGCAUACGUAAAAUAGAGGAUGUACCAGAGCUGGUGGGAGGAGUUCUGACGCGGGACAUGGUGACAGCCUGCCUCACUUACCUAGCACGAACACCGAUCUUGGGAGAUUAUGUGUAUAUUAAGUUGGACUUGUCGUCGAAGCACUUGAUCAACAUAGACGUUCUUAAGCAUUAUAAAUUCCUGGUAUAUCUGGACUUAUCAUCCAACUUUCUGACGUCGCUGAAUGUACUGGCAUAUCUACCAUAUCUCCAAUACCUCUCCGUAGCUUUCAACAGGCUGGACACUGUGCUGGAAUAUGACACACCCCAAUGGUUCCUGACAGAGGUCCAUUAUAAAUUCAAUUCGGUGACGAGAAUCCGUGACUUGGAUGGCUUCUGGUCUAUCACAAUCCUUGAUCUAUCUCAUAAUAACAUCAAACAUAUUACUGGUCUUGAAACGCUGAGGUAUUUGCGUCGUCUUGACCUCUCCUUCAAUCAUAUUCAGCGUCUAGAAAACUUGAAUAACCUACGUUUGCUCUGGCUAGACGUGUCCUAUAAUAACAUAUCUAGCUUUGAGUUUGGCAACCAAAAAGGUCUUUUUACCCUAUUACAUCUGGAGUAUCUAAAUCUGAACGAAAACAACUUGACUUCUUUAAAAAUGUUCUCCGGUUGCACAAGACUCCGCGAACUGCACGCACGCAACAAUCGCUUGGGGAUGCUGUUAGAGCUGGCGGUGUACAUGCGACAACUGCGCCGCCUCAUCGUGCUAGACCUGAGAGCCAACCCAAUCUGCUCCACGCCGGGGUACCAAGAUGUCAUCAUAAACACCUUCCCUGCGCUACUCAGUUUGGAUGCCCAGGAACUCGAUCCGAUUGUUCAAAGGUUGUCUAAAAUGGACAUGAUGCCGGACGCGACUAGCUUUGCCACCCGACGCCUCCUGCGCCUGCUCUACAUACAACAGCUAUCGAAAGCGACCGUGUCCCCGCAUGUACCGCCAGCGGACACCAAUGAAGUACCCAUUGUUGUGUUGGUGGGGUACGAAGCGGUAGGCAAGGGUAAGCUCGCUCGCCGCCUCGCCGCAGAGUGUAAAACCAACAUAGAGUUAGCAUUACAGCACACAACAGCGACGUUCCAUUUCCCGGACCAUUACAAGCAGAUCUCCCGGUCCAAGUUCGAUGACAUGUUGCUGGCCGGCGAUCUCCUUACCUAUACCGAGAUGGCUGGGGAGUCCUAUGGCUUAAGCCGUGAAGAGGCUUUCAUAAAUGAAGGAAAAAUCAAAGUUGUUACCAUGGACUUAAUAGCAGGACUGAUGCUGAGGUUGCGCGGAAGGAGACCGUAUUUAAUUUUAGCCACCUGCUCGAACAAAGAGGCAUUGAAAGCAAGACAAAAACAAAGAAAGCACUUUCGGGAGGUCGCCUACAAUCUUACUGCGUUGGAGACUCCUUUUGAAAAGUCGACCCUGCAAGUUCUACUGUCUGGUCGUAUAAUUAUCACAGGAAUACUCAACGAGAUUUUAGUGGGUCUACCAGAUGAAAAGGAGCAAAGUGAAUUUGUGAUUGAAUCAGAAUGUUCCUUGAUGAUGAGCAGCGAAGCAAGGCAAGCCGUCAAAGAUUACGCAUGUGGAGUGAACAUGUUUAAUUUUCUCAUUUCUAGUUCGUCGUCGUUAGAUGAGGAGUUUAAGCGAGACAGAAGCAGCCAAAUGGACCAAAGUUUACACUCACUCUACAAAGAGUCCCAGGGGCCCGACGAAUUCAACAGCUAUGCUAAUGAACAAAACUCCUACCAAGACUCAAAGGAUCAACCAAACAAAAAUAUAAAAAAAUCGCGCUCUAAACAUGAAAAGAACAGUCUUGUUCGACCAAAAAGUGUCGAUUUCAGCAGGUACACCUCAUCAACAUGGAAAGGCCUUUCAACCCAAGCUCCGGAUAGCACGAAGUCGUCAAAGUCCGUCACAUUCACUUCUACUAACAACACUGAAGCCGUCGGAGCCAUCUCCGGAAUGUUCAUAGAACCACCAAUACCAUCAAAAGCUCAAGGAGACAAGGCCAACAUAAGGUCGAUAAGCCACAGAAAAUGGAAAGGCCCCACAGGGCACCGCGCUCACCCCGGAGAUUCCCUAGACGAUACUGAUCUCUGGCUGGCAUUCCUCGCUGAGACUGGACUGUUGCCAUUGACCAGCACUGUUUUCCAGGCUUCUGAUACUGAACCAGGAGGUCAAGAGAGCAGAGUCGAUGAUCCAGAACUAAUUCUAAAAGAAUUGGAAAAUUAUCAGAAGGAAAUCAACCAGGCAUUCAAUACAAACAGCAUGAGAGACGAGUACGAGACAAUGCAUCGCACAUAUCCAGGCCUUUUUUGGAACACUGUCGAGAUGGAUGAUCCUAACGAAGCAUUUCGUAAAAUAAAAGCUAUCAUUAAGGAUAUUGUGAUGAAUCAGCCAAACCUGAGUCCUAUGUUUGACAUAGAUUUCGCCAACAUGAACCACUGUCACAUCAUCCAGAAGAAACUAGCUGAAAUACGCAAACAAAUAGCUCCGCAAAGGCUGUUCUAUUAA